GAGUCGACGAUAUGGCAACCAAAGCCACCGACUGCAAACAAAGUGUUGACGUCCUCUAGCGGUACAUACAUUACAGGAUCAGGAGAUAUCGCGAGGUCGAGGGCGAGGAAAAUUCCGGUAAUUUACUUCAAGUUGACAUAGUCAUAGGCCCUAGAUCUAAAUCUAGAAAUGGCGAUCAAAUAUCUGAACAACGACCAUAUCAAAGGAUUUGAUAAAUACAAGUAUAACAGCCUGGAUACAUCACCAGUAGCUGUGUAUGUUAUGCAUCCAUUUUGGAAUGCUGUCGUCAAGUUAUAUCCUAUGUGGUUAGCUCCAAACCUUCUGACCUUUGUCGGGUUCCUGUUUCAAGUGUACCUGUUCCUGCUUGUAGCCUAUUACGACUGGGACUUCUUCAGCAACAACAGGACCAGGACCGAUUAUCAACCCAUCCCUAAUUUUGUCUGGUAUGUUGCAGCUAUCUGCCAGUUCUUAGGACAUACAUUAGAUGGUACAGAUGGCAAGCAAGCUCGGAGAACUGGCUCAAGUACACCACUGGGGGAGCUCUUUGACCAUGGAAGUGACAGCAUCCUAUGUGCUCUCAUGCCUAUUGGACUCUUCUCAAUCUUUGGUAAAGGUUUCGAGGACUUUGGAGGGUCCAGCUGGAUAUUCUUUGCGACGCAGUGGCAUAUUAUUGGUACAUUCUUCAUAACACACUGGGAGAAAUACCUAACAGGGGUCUUAUUCCUUCCAUGGAGUUAUGACUUCAGUCAAGUGUUGAUUGUUAUAGUAUAUCUGCUGACUGGCAUGUUUGGUUUUGAAGUCUGGAAGGUUGUUCUCCCACUCGGAAUUCAGUUCAAUUAUUUCUUUCUUGGUGUAUGCUGUGCUGGUGCAGUAGUCUUUUCAUUGCCAUACAGUAUCUACAAUAUAUCCAGGGCAUAUCAGAAUGGAACGGGAAAGAAUCGUUCUUUCAGUGAAGCUGUGUCGCCUCUGAUCCCAAUGAUACUCCUCUUAUUGAUCUCUAUAUUCUGGGGUUUAUACUCACCAACCGACAUCUUAGAAUACCACACCAGGAUAUUCCUGCUCACUUUCUCAGCCGUCUUCUCUAACAUAACGGUGCGAUUGAUCAUCAGUCAGAUGUCAGAUACGUUAGCCUAUGCAAACAACUCUCUAAUGAUGUUAUUUGGUGUGGCAGCUUUUGCAGUCUGUGCUCUAGGUCUAGCAGAGUAUGAGGUUCGCAUUCUUCAUGGUGUGUUUGUCCUCGUACAACUUCUGCAUUUCCACUACUUAGUAACAGUGGUUAAUCAACUAUGUGAUCACUUCAACAUCUAUGCCUUCUCUAUCACCUCACGACCUAGGCAGAAGAACCAUGUCAAAUGAUAUGAAACAAGGUCUGUGAUUGGUCAAUACUCAGGUAACAAGGGCUAUGUGCAGAUCAACAGCCAAUCGGAAUCCAGCAUUCUGUGUUAACCCAUCUUUUAAUUCUAGUAUAAUCCCAAUUUUCUACAAGCUCUUUGAGUUAUCUUGGGCAUAGGUCUUAAACACCUGUAAUAUGAUCAAGGUCUCAUUCUGUAAGAAAGAAUUUCUUUCUAUUGCAUAUCUAAGUAUUCUCAACAUGUCUGCUUAAAUUUGUUCAUCGACCCUGUUCUCAUCUACUUCCUUGGACUAGUUCAGUGGAAACCAGUUUAAAAUGAGGACGUUUGAAGCGGUCUUAGAAGCGAUAUUAAGUGGUCUGCCAAACCAGUUUGGAAAAUCACCCUGCGAUGUGAUUUUCAAACUGGUUAAAGGACAAGUCCACCCCAACAAAAAAUUGACUUGAAUAAAAAGAGAAAAAUCCAAAAAGCAUAACACUGAAAAUUUCAUCAAAAUCGGAUGUAAAUUAAGAAAAUGAUGACAUUUUAAAGUUUUUCUUAAUUUCACAAAACAGUUAUAUGCACAUCCUGGUGGGUAUGCAAAUGAGGAGACUGAUGAUGUCAUCCACUCACUAUUCAUUUGUAUUUUAUUAUAUGAAAUAGGAAAUAUUCUAUUUUUCUCCUCAUUAUCAAGUGAAACAAUGAUUAAUUCCUCCCUGAUCAUGUGGAAUGAGCAUUGUUUAAUACUAUAUGAUUCAGUCAAGUUGGUCCUUAUUGUCAAAUCUAUAAAAAAUGAAAUAUUGUAUAAUUCAAACAUUAAAAAACAAAGAAAUAGUGUGUGAGGGACAUUACUCAUUUGAGUUGUGCACAUCACUGUUUUGUGAAAAAUAAGCAAAACUUUUAAAUGUUAUAACUUUCUUAUUUUUCAUCCGAUUUUGAUGAAAUUUUCAGCGUUUUGCUAGUUUUAUUUUUCUCUAUUUAUUCAAAUCAACAUUUUUCUGGGGUGGACUUGACCUUUAAGUUUAGGUGAGGGCACAACCGUUCAUCAGAAAGCGAUCCAUGCACGGAAGUAUGAGAGUGUGUCCAUGAUGGGUGUGCUACGCAGUACGCACUGUAUGUAGAUGCCGGUGUGAAACAUGCGACCCCAUGGAGAGCAUUUCCAUAGCAACAAGACCACUUUCUGUGAUAUUGUUCUGGAAACUAGUUUUAAGUAAGUAGAUGAGAGUGGGGUCAUUGGGACAGUUUAAACACACCAGGGACCCCGUCUUACAAAAGAGUUGUGAUUGAUUCGAUCAAUCGCAACUGUAAAGCCUGCAAGGUCAACAUCUGAAUUACAUCUUUGUUCAAAAUAUCUUCUCGAAAUGAUGUUUAUUCAUACAUUCCCUGUUUUGUUGUCAAUUCAGUAUUCUCUUUGUUUUCAAAGGACAUUGUGCAAAUUUCCCAAAUAAAAAAAUGUGACAUUGAUGGAUUUCCAUAUACUUGAGCUUGAUCGGAUCAAUCAUAACUCUUUGUAAGAUGGGGCCCAGGGACUUGCUCUACAAAUUAAUAUUGAUCUCAAAUCUUAUCUUUGUACAUAAUGAAAUCAAUUUCGAUUUGUGUGUGAUGAUUGAAUUGAUCACAAGUUGUAUCUGUGAAAUGAGUUUGAUUGUGAAUUCUUCGUAACUGUAAAUUGAGAGCUGAGUUGGUAUUCUGAGAGUAUUGCAUUUUAUCUUUAAUUAUUUUAAUUGUCACAGUGAUGUGAAAUGACUAUUGUCAUUGGCUUAUUGACUUGCAUGCUUGUGUAUGCACGCAAUUUACACAUUAAAGAGUUCCCAAGUACAUAUAAAAAUGUACAUAUGAAAAUUACAGUAAUGAAGAUGAGAAGACGAAAUGAUUUUCAGAGUGCCAGCCUAGGGUGGCUGUGUAGUGAUGUGUUUUAAUUUUGCAUGAAACUGCUAAUAACUGUACAUGUGUACCGGCUGCACAGAAAUGUUGUUAAAGCUAUUAAACAGUACACUAAUAGAUGCUCUUUGGCAACCAGUAAUAUCACAGAAUUGCCUAAUGUACAUCUUGGAUUAACACUUGACAUCACGAUCCGAAAUAUGUGACUCGGCCUGCUGUUAGCGCUCUUUUAACACUAACAACAUUUCUGUGCAGUUGGUACUGAAUAGGAAUGUGGUAAAAGGUAUUUACUGUUGUAAAAUAUUUCAAUCAUUAAUGAUUGCUCUAAUGGUGCAAAGGAUAUACUUCACAUUGAAGUAAUUUUGUCUACAUCUUAUAUUGAAUGACAUGUUUAUGCAAUGUAAGUAAAUUAUGCAAUGAUUGAGUGAUCCCAUUUCUUUGCAAUUUUGAAUUUGAUUUACACUCUCUUCUUGGCUUUCAUUUGUUCAGGCUACUUUGACCCAUGUUCUGAAGUCAGAUUUAACUUUAUAGACCACCUAAUUAUUAUUACUAGUAUUUGCUAAAGUUAUGGGGAGCUAAAAUUUCAAAAAUUCUCUUUACAUUGUAUAUCUCUUAUGUUUAGUAUUUCGUUUCCUUUUGUUUUCAUUAUGGAGAAAAAUACUUCAGUUAUCAUUCCCAGACAAUUACGAACAAUUUGAGUGUCAAAUGAGUUAAUAAAGUGGAUUUGUACUGUUAGGGAUGUGUGGCCCAAUUGGCCAUCCAUAGUUAAACCACAACUUAAAACCAGGGUUUAAUUUAAACCCGGGUUUAGAAUACGGGCCUUCGUAUCUGACAAACCCAGCAAGUAGUGAAGGGUGUUGUGGGCAUGCACCUGUAAUUGAAGCUGUGUCGGUAGGUUACAUAUUGAUGCAGAGGUUCAAGCCCUUGUCUUUCAGAUGGUGAUGUUAAAGCGCCCUGCCAUUGACAAAUCAUGUGGAAAUUGAAUCAAUACGAAAUUUGCAAAAGGCCAAUUGACUUGCAUAAUAUAAUCCAUCCGUCAUAAGCGCCCGUCGGACUAAUGUGAUAAAAGUUUGGACAGCACGAAUUUGACUGAACUCGUGAUGGUUAUUUACUUCGGGUCAUCGCAGCUCUCGUUUCCAACGAUCCCAAUUCUAGACUCAUAGCAGGUCUCUUGAUUGCUAAACCAAAAUAAAUAACCUCUGUGAAAUUACUUGUUUCAAAGUGAAAACACAGUUUACUUCUGGUUGGUUAGUCUACUAACUAUAUUAGACCUCCCAGACAUGCCGGCGUCUAUUACAUAACACCCCCAGGCAUGCAGCCGAGUGAAAGACUUGAAUCCCUUAUCUCUGUUCUGAGAUUAGCCUUGAUUUCCCCAUGAUUUGUCAAUGAAAGGUCACUUUAAAGAUUAAUUCCAGAGGUAAAUAAUCAUAUUUGAUUGGUACAAAAAAGUCAAUAUCACACAAUUUUAUCAUUAGCUAUAAGACUGGUGUUGAGGUCCCCUCUACAAAACUUGAUAUCAGACAAAGAGUUUUUAUCAAUUUCUAAGAAAGUCUGAAGAAUGGUUAGUCACAAUCAUAUUAAAUUCCAUUCUGAUUGUUUGUAAUACUUCAUACAGAAUGAUUUGUACUUGAUAUUAAUAUGGAUGAUAUUAAAAAAACAUACAAUUUUUUUUAAAUUUUGCAUCUAAUAAACAGAACGGCUGUAUAAAAUCAAACAUAAGACCUUAUGAAUGUUUCAGUAUAUAAGCUGCAGUAAUUAUCGCAACUGAAAAAUGCCAAACUUGUGUUUCAAUAUAAAUGUUCUUUACAAAGUAUUAUGAAGGCUUCUAUGGCACUGUGAGUGUGAGAUGUUAUUAAGGUAUGCAUUUAUGACAUUGUUUUAUUGACAUACUGCUCCUCAUUUCUUGACUCAGUGACAUAAAUAAGUCCCCUGUUGUGGUCACUAUUCUUGCCCAUCAUCACUUAAAAAUGCAGUAUGAAAUUAGCCACCAUUUUCUUCUGAUUUCAUAUUUAAAACAAAUUCAUUUUACAGAUGAGUAUGAAGUAAACCAUGCACAUUCCAAAUUUGGUAGGAAUCGGUUGAACAGGGACUGAGAAAUGACCUCCUGAAAACCCAGUUAACCCCUUUGAAAUCAAUGUAUUAUUGGCAGUGUUCUUAAUUCUUGGGUCCUUUUGAACCGAUAUGUCACACUCGUAGGAGAUAAGAUAUUUAUAAAUCACAAAGGAAUGAAAAUAUAUAUUUGUAAUGACAUCAUACCUCUCUGUACUCUAUUCUGAAUAGAAUAUCAAUUGUCUUGCAUGUAUGAUGUUAUUGACUACAUGUAUAUGUUGUACAGGUGUUGUGGCUCAGUGGAUAAGUCUCUGGACUAUGAACCUUGUGGUCAGGGGUUCCAAUCCCACCGCAGUACUUGUCCUUUGCCAAGGUGUUAAUAUCUGCAUUUGCCACUCUCCACCCAGAAUGUAUUGGAUAGGAUGAAAUUCCUGGACUGUUUGAGCACUCGAUCGGAGUAGCCGUGCUAAAGCCAGAGUAAUAGUAUGCAGAGCUUAGAAACUAGUACAUGUAUUAAUAUCAUUCAAAUUCAGUGUAUUUUUAUGUCAUCUGGGGGCCGUUUCACAAAGCUAUUAGUAAGUUAUGCACAACUGCUGAUCCUUUCUUUUCCUUUCUGAUAUCUGUAUGUAGUUUUUGCACCUAUUAUCGUUCAUAUUCUAGUGACGAUAGCCCUUUUUUACUUUUCAAACUAGCUUUAACUUGAUAUUAAUAAUUGAUACAGUGUUAUAUGCCUCGUAGUUGAGUUGUAAACUUACUGAAAUGCUCCCCAGGGAGUAGAGAAAGUGCAUACAAUGUAUACGUGCAAUGCAGCAUGGGUUAACUAGGGUAAUAAUAUACACAUUGUUCUGAUGUAAAAAUUGAAUGUUAUUAUUGUGAAGAAGUUAGUUAGGCUAUUAAGUUGGAAUGUGCUUUUUGCUGUUUUUAUCAGUAUUAUUUUUUAAAACUCAUUGAAUGUGACUUUUGUACAACCGUCCAAUGGCUCUAUAUUAUUUAUAAUCAUUUAAUUUGAAGUGAUUCAUUGAUACUACAUGUACAUGCAAGUAUCACAGUGCAGUUGAGUAUGACAUAUUAUUAAUAUUAUUAUCAUCAUAAUCAUGUUUAGGAAUAGGAAGUUGUAGAUUUUGUAGCUUUACUGUUAAAUGUGACAUAAUAUUUAUGUAUUGUUUUUUAAAUUCUACAUUUCAUCAGGGGCGAUUUCAUGCUAGAAAUAUCAGCCAUUUUCACAACAUUUUCCAAUGUGUUGUCCAAACAAACGAGGGACUUCAAUUUGUUUUGUGGUAAUGAUAAGAUACUACUAGGUAGUCAUGUCAAAAAAUGGCAACCAACAAAAAAUGUCAUCCAUGGGUGUAUUAAAGGUGAAGAUGUUGCAUGUCAUAUGGGACAUUUCCAAGUCCUGUACAACACACAACAUAUUCACCUUUAAUUCACAUAUAUUUUACAUUGGUUAUCAGUUUUUCACAUGGCUUCCAACUAUAAGUUUAUCCUUGACAGUAAAGAAAAUUUCAUUGCUCAAACAUUCAGCUAAGAGACAAGAAAUUGUUGUUAAAAUGUCGUGCACUACACACAUGGAAUCGCCCUUAGGUACACUGAUAGAGUCAUGUUGAUUAUCAUACAUGUUCCUUUGGGUCAAAUAUCAAUCAGAAGUUGGAUGAAGUAUGUGCUAGAUUUGUAAAAAAGAAUGUCUUAACUUGUCAAAACUAAAUGGAAUUGGAUUUGUGUACUUUGAUAUGACUAAAUAGUUACAUGGUAAAUUCAUGUAAUUAUUUAGUCAUAAGCUAUUCAUUAUAGUUUUAUAGCUUUGAAUAAAUCUGCAAGUUUAGCCAUAGGCCUAUCGUGUGAACCUCACUAACGUCAGAUGUGUUUGGUAUGUUCCAGCAAAUAACAUUAAUAUACAAUGAUUGGUCACUAUGUCUAUGUAUCAUUGCCAUACAUACCAUGCAGCUUAUAUUUUUCAUGUUACUAUGUUAAACUGAAAUUACUGCUUUAUCUACAUGUAUUUUAAUUUAUGUUUGUGUAAUUAUGACCAAUGGUCAAAGACAUCUAUUUGUGUUAUCCUUUUUAGAUGUGUACUUUUUUGUGUAUACAGGGGGCGGAUCCAGGAUAAAAACAAAAUUAAAGGGGGGGGGGGGGAAGCCAACCGUCACCACGAAAAGAAAGCCAAUCACAUUACACACAUGGAGCAUUUUCCAGUCCUCAAGGAGAGGGGGGGGGGGGGGGUGCAUGCUACCCCCCUCUGCCCAUAUUUGCCUUUUUAUGUUAGGAUUGCCCUAUAUGAACAAGAUCAACAUUCAUGAUUUUAUUUUGUUUGUAAAGCCUUUGCAUUGUUUUGAUUUGAACUAUGAUUCCCAAAUGAACUAAAGUCAUUAUGGUGGAGUUUAAAUUCACAUGUGAUCCGAAGGCUAAAAAAAAGACAAUCAUCUUCAUGUGGCUUUAUCGUACUUUUAGAAUCAUAAUCUUGUGAAGACUAUCUUAAAUUUUUUACUUCCCAUGUUCUUUAUCUGUCAUUUGUAUAAUUUGUUUUUGUAUUUUCAUAUGUGUACAUGUUAUGUUGCUGUAUUUACAUACAGAAGAAGAAGAGAAAGAGAGAGAGAGAAGAAUGAUGUAUUCGUGAUAUUCUUGGCCAAUCUGAUAAAUAACUCCACCUCACCAAUUUUUUUUAUUGUUUUGGCCUGUUACAUGUAAAAUGGAAAGUGUUUCAUACUUCAUUGGAGCUUGGCCGCCAUUUUGACUCAAUCCAUAUCAUUGAAAUCAAUUUUACAGAUUUGUUUUUAAAUCAUUUUUGUAUUCAGAUCAUGGAGUCACUGGCCAGCAAGCCCUGAUGCAGUGUGCAGCUUACAUUUUUUGUUCUUGUUUUGCAUGAGUGUGGGGCAUAAAGACAAACAUUUUUUUUAAUGAAAUGUAACAUUUUCUCUUGAGAAUGACUUUAUAAACCUUGACUGUUGUCUUUGUACAUUCGACUGUUGCACAAAUUGGACUACAAUUUUUUAAAGUAUUGAUGCUUACUCGGAUUUUACCAAAUUGACUGAAAAAGGACUGCAUAUAAUUGUAUUAAACUGAAUCAUUAUGCAUGAUGAUCAAAUGAUAUAAAUAAAGUUUGUUUGAAGGUCAAA